AAAUAGCCAUUUUAUUGCCUCUCUAUCUCGUGUAUAUUUUCUCCCUCUUUCCUUCUUUGUCUCGUUUCCAACUGCAAUUCUAUUUUACUAUCUGUAAAUUUCAAUUGGAGGGUUUAUCCUCGAUCCGAUUUUGAAUUGAGAUUUACUUCGUUUUUUUAACAAUGCCGUCGCUCUUCGGUGGUCCGAUGACUACAUUUGAAGAUUCUGAAAAGGAAAGCGAGUAUGGUUACGUUAGAAAGGUAUCUGGACCAGUGGUCGUUGCUGAUGGAAUGGCUGGGGCUGCUAUGUAUGAACUUGUUCGUGUCGGACAUGACAAUCUCAUUGGUGAAAUUAUUAGGCUGGAAGGAGAUUCCGCUACAAUUCAGGUCUAUGAAGAAACAGCUGGGCUGAUGGUGAAUGAUCCUGUUCUACGUACACACAAGCCCUUGUCUGUAGAGCUGGGUCCUGGAAUCUUGGGAAACAUCUUCGAUGGUAUUCAGAGGCCGCUUAAGACAAUUGCAAAAAGAUCUGGUGAUGUCUACAUCCCUCGAGGGGUAUCUGUUCCAGCCCUUGACAAGGAUAUACUCUGGGAAUUUCAACCUAAAAAAUUAGGCGAGGGAGAUAUCUUAACUGGUGGAGAUCUGUAUGCUACCGUUUUUGAGAACAGCUUAAUGGAACAUCAUAUUGCUCUUUCUCCUGAUGCCAUGGGAAAGAUUACUUACAUUGCUCCAGCUGGUCAAUACUCUUUGAAUGAUACUGUUCUUGAGCUCGAGUUCCAAGGAGUCAAAAAGCAGUUCACUAUGCUUCAGAAUUGGCCUGUGCGUACACCUAGGCCAGUUGCCUCAAAGUUAGCUGCUGAUACUCCUCUUCUUACUGGACAGCGUGUUCUUGAUGCUCUGUUCCCUUCGGUGCUUGGGGGUACUUGUGCUAUACCGGGUGCAUUUGGAUGUGGAAAAACAGUGAUUAGUCAAGCUCUUUCCAAGUACUCUAACUCAGACACCGUAGUCUAUGUUGGUUGUGGGGAAAGAGGGAAUGAAAUGGCAGAGGUACUAAUGGAUUUUCCUCAAUUGACAAUGACAUUGCCUGAUGGACGUGAAGAGUCUGUCAUGAAACGUACCACACUUGUUGCUAAUACUUCUAACAUGCCUGUGGCUGCUCGUGAGGCCUCAAUCUAUACAGGCAUUACUAUAGCCGAAUAUUUCAGAGACAUGGGCUACAAUGUGAGCAUGAUGGCAGAUUCCACAUCUCGUUGGGCCGAAGCUUUACGUGAAAUUUCAGGUCGACUGGCAGAGAUGCCUGCAGACAGUGGAUAUCCUGCUUAUCUCGCUGCACGUUUGGCAUCUUUCUAUGAGCGCGCUGGUAAAGUUAAAUGUCUUGGUGGACCUGAGAGAACUGGGAGUGUGACAAUUGUUGGUGCUGUUUCUCCUCCUGGAGGAGAUUUCUCAGAUCCUGUUACAUCUGCAACCCUGGGUAUUGUUCAGGUCUUCUGGGGACUGGACAAGAAAUUGGCACAGAGGAAACACUUUCCUUCUGUAAAUUGGCUUAUUUCCUAUUCAAAAUAUUCAGGCGCCUUGGAGUCCUUUUAUGAGAAGUUUGAUUCCGAUUUUAUCGACAUAAGGACAAAAGCCCGUGAGGUGCUGCAAAGGGAGGAUGACCUAAAUGAAAUUGUUCAAGUAUGUCCUUAUGUUGCUUUCUCUUCUUACUUUUAACAUUUCUUCUGUGGUGUAUGUUGUAAAGACAAG